GAAAAAAAUCUGACGUUUUUAAGGAACAUGGCGUCGUUGGUCCUAUUUUUCCUUUAAAUUUUUUGUAUGUAGUCAAAAAAAAUUAUAUAUUCAAAAUUUUUAGUGUCUUUCCUACAAGGAGGAACAAAAUUUAAAUAAAAAUGGAAAAUUCCUGUGAUACAUUAUCUAAUGCUUCUUUGGAUAGAGCCGAAAAUCAAUUCGAUGAAUCCGCAGAUUCUGUUCAGUCAAAAGAAAGCAAAACUUGGGAGUGCCUGCAAAUCUCUCAGUUUUAUAGCGUCAAUAACAUUGACCUAACCUCUCCCGUCAGUCCUAAAGAUUCCCUCGAUCAGAUCAUUAACGAAUCCAGCAAAUCGGCUGUUAUUCCUCUCGAUGAGUCGCGCGAGGCCACCGAGGAAUCCUGGUUAUGCGGGGGCGCCUUGGGCUCCAAAAACACCGUACUGAUAUUCCGUAGCUCUGCAUUGGCCAAUGCCAGCGAUUUAUCCAUACAGUCCAAACCGGGUUACAAGCUACACGUAACGUACAAAGUACUUCAAGCCGAAUCGAAGCUCCUUUCGAAGCUGCUCGAUUGCCACGGGAUAUCGGAAGUGCCCGCUUCCUCGAUGGAUUUCAAUUUGUUGUGGACUGGAUCCCACCCGAAACCUGAAAAAGUUAGUACGUACGAAAAAUUAAAAUAUGGAGAAGACAUUAUGUAUUUUAAUUUAGGCACAAUUCGAGCAUUAGGUCCUUACCAAAGGGUCAACCAUUUUCCUAGAUCGUACGAGUUAACGCGCAAGGAUCGUUUGUACAAGAACAUUGAAAGAAUGCAACAUACGAAGGGACUGAAACAUUUCGAUUUCAUUCCGCAGACGUUCGUCAUGCCCAUCGAGUACCGCGAAUUGUGUUCCACUCACCACAGGAUCAAAGGACCGUGGAUUGUUAAACCGGUGGCCUCCAGUCGAGGCAGAGGCAUUUUUAUAGUCGAGUCUCCGAAUCAAGUGCCACUAGAAGAACCAGUCGUCGUUGCCAAAUACAUUUCCAAUCCGCUUUUAGUAGCAGGACACAAGUGCGAUUUGAGAUUGUACGUUGUCGUUACCAGUUUUGAUCCGCUGUUAAUUUACAUAUACGAAGAGGGUUUAGUGAGAUUUGCUACUGUUAAAUACGAUUCUAGUCACAAGCAGCUGUGGAAUCCCUGCAUGCACCUGUGUAAUUAUAGUAUAAAUAAGUACCAUAGCGAUUAUGUCAAAUCCGAUGAUCCGUCAGCGGAAAAUGUAGGUCAUAAGUGGACGCUGAGCGCUUUACUAAGACACCUGAAAUCUGAAGGGAAAGAUACUGCUUUACUAAUGUCUCAGAUAGAAGAUUUAAUCAUCAAAGCGUGCUUAUCUUGUGCUAAUUCUGUGAUAUCCGCUUGUAAAAUGUUUGUACCUUACAAUAAUAAUUGCUUCGAACUAUUCGGCUUUGAUAUACUAAUCGAUAAGAACUUGAAGCCGUGGUUGCUCGAAGUCAAUUUAUCACCGUCGCUAAAUUGUGAUAGCCCGUUGGACGUGAGAUUGAAAUCGGCCAUGUUGGCCGAUCUGUUGUCGUUAAUCGGAUUACCAGCAGUCGAUCCGACCAUUCGAGUACUGAACCAAGACAGUAGCAAUAAAUCGUCGAACGUAAAAACUCACUUGAGUAACUGCAGAAGAGUCCAAUCGGCGGACGGUCUGAGUUCGAGCAACAUAACGAAAAAGCAAUCGUUGACCACGAAUACGGUGGGCCGGUCGCCGCUGCCGUACACCCCGGAAGAGGCCAGGAUCAUCAGGAGCGCUUCGGCCCAGUUCAAGAGGCGCGGCGGCUUCGUGAGGAUAUUCCCGUCGGCCGAUAGCUGGGCGAAGUAUUCGCAGUAUUUAGAUCGCAUGAACGGCAUACCGUUGUCCGGCAAUCCCGGCAACAGUUUCUGCGUCAACAUAUCGCACAAUUACAAUUUCCUGUUGUAUUCGCAUUUCUACCAAGAUGUUUCUCUGCAACCGCCCGGCGAGAAGGCAGCCACCCGUUCGAGGCAAGGGAUACGAAAGCGGGAUUUGUCCGUAGAUGGAUACAAAGAACCGAACAAGAAUACGAAUACCCGCCAGGAUAGGUACGAAAGGAUGUUGAGUCAAGGUUACAGGUCCACGCUGGGUCCGCAUAAAAUAUCGAGGGAAACUCAAUGCUUGGAAUUGAAGAAGAAAAUUGUCGAUAUGCUGCAAAGUGGGAAAAGAAUUAGUCAAUCGGAAGCGAGAAGUACAUUCAGCCACUAUUUGAUAUGCAUAUUGAGGAGGAUCGUGGCGGGGCCCGAUCACGAUAACAUCGACAUCGUCUUGAAGUUCCUGCAGAAGGCUUCGAACUACCUGCGGACGCCCUUCAACGUGAAGACUCCGAGCCAAAAGAUGGAUUACAAGGAUAGGGCGGCCGUCGUGGCGAAGCAGCUGAACGAUUUUCUUUAUCUGUACAACAGAGAAACGGACUUGUACGUGGACAAAACGGAGAAACCCGGCCAGAUUCCCGUCCACAUGUUCAAUGAAUUCCUGGAACACGCUCGUGAAAGCGAUUUGGAGGAAGUUUUAAUAUACCAAACGACUCAAAACGUGUCGAAUUACACGGAGACGCAGGGCCUUCCGAGGAUUUUGAAGUGCAUUCCCACAAUACCGAACACCUACGGCAUAAAACCGUCCAUCAGGGCCAACAAGGCCAAAAUCAAAGUCAAUCACAUCACCUUGUAGGAACAUUGAGGGAUUAUUUCGAUUUAUUUGUUCACCCGUACUAUUGUUUGUGAUAUAUAUUUUAUAGUUUUGUCCGCGAUAUUCGACGAUGGCCUACGAAUCGCCAAUUUAGAGGUGCAGUAGAAGCACUAUAGAAACGAUUCGAGAAAUUUAUUUUUUGCUAUUACUUUUAUUAAUCGUUUAAGGCGACAUCACUGUGAUAUCUAUAGAAGGUUUGAUAUAUCGAUCGGAAAAAUGGUACCUAAAACGAAACGCUAAUUCUACACACAUAAAUCUUAGUUUAUUUAAAAAAAAUAAAUGUUAUUUUUUGUAUGUUUUGUUUAUUGAAGAGAUUAUUGUUUAGUUUUAUUUACAGUUACGUUUUUUACACGAUUUUUUUUUGUUAAUUUUUGUUUUACUUUAAUGCGUCUAGAAUCUAGAAUGCUGUUUGUUGCACGCUUUUAAUAUUGGUGCUGGAGUAACUAACGAUGACGCACGCAGGGCCGGAUUGUCCCAAAAUCGAUCGGGGGCUUACAUUCAAAUUUUUGUAGGUGUAUUUUAUUAACUAUCAUGUAACUUACAAAUUCAAAAAUAGAGGAAAGUGUCUCGUCAGGGGAAUAGCCUCUAUUCAUCUAAAUCCGGUCCUGAAUUCGCACAAAAGCAUUUUCCUAAUUUUAACAAACGCUUUAGUUAUCACGGGAACGGCAUUCUGGAAAAAUCGGUACUUAAUAUAACGAUUUUAUGCUCAAAAAGAGUGAAAUUUUCUGGUUAUUGUGACGUCGAUAAUUUUAUGGAAUCAAUGUUUUAUUUAGGUUUCUAUAACCAUUUGUGUUUUGUAAUCGUUAUCGAAUUUUUGGUUGCUUUCAAUUAAUUCGCUAUAGAGAAAUAAUUUGUAGUAGUCUCGUUCCAUUAUUGACUAAGAGGAGUUUUAAAAAUUGAUGCAAUGCUUUUUUUUGUAAUUCGAAACACUAUAUUUCUAAUGUACUUAUUGUCAAUUUUUCACCUAUUAUACUCAAUUGUAAUUCUCACCAAAGUGUAAACGACUGCCAGAAAUAAUCAAUACUAGAGAGCCAACGCCAAUUGUUAUUAGAUUAAUUUUUCGAUGGUACUCUUCGAUACAUCCUCGGUUUAUACAGUGCUGAACAAACGUAGUAUCUAUAAACUAACACCCUGUAACUUAUUUUUGUCAUACAAACAAAUUACACAAAAAUACAAUUAACCUAAUACAAGUACCUGUAAAACAAACCAAAGACUAAAUAUAUCCUGAGCGUGUAUCGAGCGAGUACCGAUGAGUAAUGUUUAAUGUAACUUUUUGCAAAUUGACGAACACUAAAUCACUGCGAUUUUACAAAUGCAUAAAUGUGAUAAAGCUUGAAUUUUCUUCGUAAAUUUAGCUUUUAGGAAUAUGAAAUUUAACAAGUUUCUUCCAAAGGGAAUGCUGAGCCGUUUUGGGCUUUCCUACGCUUGUGUAUAUUCGUUUUUAAUACAAUUCUGAACGGUUCUGCGUUUACCUUGGAACAGACCUAAUAUUUUCUACUUGGAUUUUUUUCUUUUAAGUCUUUGUUAGUUAUUAUUCGGGGACAUUAUCUACAAACUGAGUGGAAUGAAGAACGACCUACGCUUUGGAAUAAGAUCUAAUGUAAUUACUCCAAAUGUAGUUAUUCUUAGUUUUCAACUGAGUUUCGUGGAAUCGAUCCUGAAUCGUGAAUUCCUUCUUUUAGUGAAUAUAUUUUCUAUUUUUGCAAUUCAAUGAAUGUUUUUGUUUUAUUUUCCUUACCAUCACAAUUUACU